AUGCAACUAUCACUCCUGUGUCGUCUACAAGGAACUUGGGCUCGUGGUUUGAUUCCAAGCUGACGAUGGCAAUCCAUAUAUCAAAAACAUGUAACUCUGCCUUCUAUUAUUUGUAUAAUCUGAGACGCAUAAGAAAAUAUCUCUCUAAAGACAACACCAGGACUCUGAUUCAUGCCUUUAUUUCAAGCAGAGUCGAUUACUGUAACAGUCUUUUAUAUGGCCUGCCGGAGUAUCAACUCAAUAAGCUACAGCGUGUGCAGAACAUGUGUGCUAGAUUAAUAUGCAAUGAAAGUAAAUAUUGCCACAUUACUCCUUUAUUAGUAGCGGGGCUCCCGCGCGCGCGAAGCACGCGUGGGACAGAGCCCCAUACUCAUGGAAUAUGGUCAACCUCUUUUCGCUUGGUUGUCACGUGACUGACCGAGCGUACGUACGUACGUACGUACGCGUCUACAGAUUGUACGGGUAGGGUAGGGGAGACUAUCAAAAGGAAGGGAGGGGUGUCUCAGGCGUGUGUUUGCAAGUCCUCAUCUUUUUUAUAUGACAUUCACAAUAUAGUCAAUUGACAGCUGUCAAAACAGGAUAGCCACUGACCAGUAUCCCAUGACCAUAACGCGGGCUCAUUUGUCAACUCAUCGAGGUGACGUAAUUUAUUUGGAAGCUGUCCGCUGACCAGUUAAUCGUUUUACUAGAUCGCAAACAAUAUUCAAUCUCAUACUUUUUAGCAUGGAUAUUAUUAUUAAUAUUUAGCUAGUUUGGGAUCGGAGCACAGGAAAUGUGAUCAAUUGACAGCUGUCAAAACAAGGUAUCCGCUGACCAGUAUCACUUGAGCGAAUCGCGGGCUCAGGUGUCGACCCAUCGAGGUCGAGUAUUUUUUUGAAGUUAUCCGCUGACAAGGUACUUGUUUUCAAAUGAUUGCAGGCUCAAGUUUAAUUUUUUUUUUAAAUUCAUAUGAAAUAUGUUGUGUUUAUGUGCCGCACAAUUAAAAUUUUGAUUUCAAACUGACCUCGGACGCGAAAAUUCAGCCAGCUGCUACAGGCAGGGAAGACAGUUGCUUUUGACUUUUCUCGCCAUGUUCACGCGUUGGUCACGCUCUACGUCCAAUUUUUAUGCUCUGAUUGGUCAAAAUUUGACAGGUGAGUUCAUGCGCAAAAUUUAUGCAGCAUCUUGAAUCUUGUUUACUUUGACAGCUGAAGCUGACAGAGUUUUGUGUCAACUUGUGAUGUUUUUAACUUUCUUUUUCCACUGGAUGUACAAAAUGAAAUUCAGAUUCUAUCAGGAGUCUUCUGUUAUUCAUGGCUAGUUUGUUUAUUGGGUUUUUGGUUGAGUCAAAGUCGGAAAUCCGAUUUCGGAUGGCAUCGUUUUCGUUUUCACCUUGCUUAAUGCGUAAGAGGGUUGCAAAGUCUGAAGCGAUACUGGCCUUCCUUGAUACCUUUCAGGAGCUGCAUCUCGAGUGGUAAGCCUAAGUAAUUAUUGUAUUUGAUGUUUGUUUUUUAUUCCUAAUUUAAUGAAGUCGAGCGUAGUUUAUGCGGCUAUUUUGUUUACGCACGUUUGUAAGAUUUGAGACAAUGAUCUGACCGCGUAUCAGGUUUGUUAUAAGCUUACAGAUCUUUAAAAAGCCUUUAGACAUUUUCUCACCGCAAAUAGAAAGAAAACGUUUCAAGGAAUAUUUAGUUAUAAUUCUGACUGUAAAAGAAAGGUUUGAGCGAUUUCCUUGCCUCGAGUUCGUCUUUGAAAAAAGCAAACACCGGGAAGCCGGCUUAAAACACAAAAUUCAGCUUUAAGCUCGAAGACUCAGGAUUUUUAGAGACACUUUAAUACUUGUCUUCCUGAAUGAAAAUUGUCGUCUCUGUAUAUGUUUCUCCGAAUUAUAUUUCUUUUAUUAAUUGUUAGUACUGUCUCUUGUAAUUUUAAUCGCUGUGUCGAUUGUUUUCAGUCGUUCAGUGAACAACGCUUCCCGGAGUACUCAAAAUGCCGCGCGUUAAACCGUUUUAAAAUAAAAAAUAAACAUAAUAAAUUCUUUAUUAUGUUGGAGCGUAACUCUGUUAAUGUUCAUUCAAACACUCGCCACUGCUAGCACUGCAAAAGUCAGAACCGGCUGGCCGUAUAGAUGAUUUUGAAAAUUUUUUUUAACGGUUUAGCUAAAGCCCACGCGUGCUGCGAUCGUCCUGAAUAUUGAAUGAUAGCAAUUUGUAUCGCAAUAUUGUGAAAUACUGCAUUCUGUUGUGCGAGGUCUGUAUGAUAAAAACAGUGCCUCAUAGUACUGUUUCACCUCAGAUGUGAUGUAUAAAUGAUAUAAAAGUUUGGUUUACAGUCGCACCCAGAUUUGUUGGCAAGAUUUUGUAAAGUAAACUUGUCGAACGCAAAAAAUUCGGCCGGAAUUUUUUUUCCAGGCCUAAUUAAUCUAAGGAGAUCAUGAGCCAUUAUGGCUCUUAAUAAAUGUGAUCGAAGAUGAUUGCCAGUUUUUGGGUGUACUUAUGAGGCUAUCAACUCGAUGUGAGAUUUGGUUCACUCUUGGGCUGCUUGCAAAUUAUUUUUUGUAAAAUCACUUAGCCUUUCCAUGAAAAGUCACACGAAUGUGCUCUAAAGUUAACUGAAUUGGGGAAUACAAGUUUAUUGUUUGAUUUAAAUUAUAAAUUUAUUAAUGGGAGCCUCGCUUUUAGCCCUGGCUAAAUCUAUAUAUUAGAUUUACAUUGGCUGCCUGUAAAGUUCAGAAUUGAAUUUAAAAUCCUGUUGAUUGUUUUUAAGUUUUUUAAGGGCUUAGCACCUUCAUACUUAAGAUUUUUAAUU